GGAAGCUUAGUAUGCUAGUAGAAACUUUAGUAAUGGAUGAGCGGGACGGUAGCAGUGUGGAUUUGAGCAACGGCCUCGAAGAUGUCUCCAUUUCAUUUUUUUCACAUUCAGCCAAACAGACCUUUCCCCAGUUCAAGUACUCUCCAAUCAACGUUGAAGGACCAGGAUGUGGUAUCGACCCGAGUGAAGUCACACUUCCUGGAUGCUCCUGUCUUUCCCACUCGUGCCUCACCCGGAGCUGUUCCUGCCUGCAGACUCACGGAGAAGCCUACUCCAGCGAUGGCACGUUGCUGAGUUUGAACGUCCCGGACGCCAACCACAGCGUGCCAGUGUUUGAGUGCAACGCCCUUUGUUCCUGCGGUGACACUUGCACGAACCGCGUGGUGCAGAGAGGCCUGAGACUGACUUUGCAGGUCUGCAGCACCGGCAGGAGGGGGUGGGGAGUGCGCACUCUUCAGCGGAUCCCACACGGGACGUUCGUGUGCGAGUACGCAGGGGAAGUCGUCGGUUUCGAGGAGGCCAGACGUAGGCAACUUGCACAGAGACAUGAGGAAAAUAAUUACAUCAUCGCCGUACGGGAGCAUGCGGGCACAGGCUCCGUCACGGAGACGUUUGUGGACCCGACCAGUGUGGGAAACGUCGGUCGCUUUCUGAACCACUCCUGUACGCCCAACCUGUUCAUGGUGCCGGUGCGAGUGCACUCUGUGGUACCUAGACUUGCGCUGUUUGCUGGGCGGGACAUCGAUGCCCAAGAGGAACUCACGUUUGACUACUCAGGCGGCUACAGGAACCAAUCAGAUGGACAGAUGAAUGUCGCACAAACUGAUGCCGCCGUUCAGGCCAGUAGGACAGUCCAGAGGAAAGUGUGCCACUGCGGUGCCAGCAACUGUAAAAGGUUCCUUCCUUUGGAUGAAUCGAUUUUAAACGCGUAUUAAAUAUUCCCUGUCAAACGGAUGAAAUGUCAUGUUUUGAGCCACUUUGAACAUGGCACCCCACGACCCUAGUGAGGAUAGUCGACAACAUGACUUUCUUUCAUUACUUCCUGUUUAGUUGCAUCACACCAAGGGAGAAGCAAAACUCCUUGACAUUCCCAUCUGUAUCCUCUUUUGCAGCGUGGCGUGUUCUGUGCUGUCUGUCAUGCUGUCCUCACACUUGGGUUACGCUUGACACGCUUGUUACGUACGUGCCGCACGGGAAUGGGACAUGUGGAAUCAGACAUCUUUUGUAGUGCAUCAUGUCCCCGCUGUUAGCCCAUAUGUUCCCAGACGACAGGGGGCGCUGUAGGGUGUCUACGCCAUGGGUACCCAUCUCCAACCCGUCUUUCCGAAUUGGUGGGGCAUUCGUGCCUCAUCUUGGAUCACCACUUUACCAUUUAACGCCAUUUUGUGCCUCCACAUAUCGGUCUUCAACUUUUUUUUUUUUACUGCCUACUCGUCUCAAAGCAGAGUAAUAAAUUCCAUAUGACUCCAUAC